AUGGCAACGAGAUUUCGUAGGCCGGGAUGGCUAAGGAAGAAUGGGUAUGCUCCACAAGUAUUUCUUUUUAGAAACAUCGAGAGUGGACAAGUUCUUUAUUCGCAGUUACCUAAAUUCAGCGAUUACCAGAUCAAAAGAUUAUUCCAAAGACCCAACUGGGAGAAUAAGAGGCCCAGCACGCGUCGAGACAUUUGGCGUAUAAUGGCAGUUGCGAAUUUUGAAAACUACGAAAGAGCAGUGGCAGCAUAUGAAGCAUUGGUUGAGAUAAGACAUAUGAGAGAAGUGACUAAGAGAAAAGAAGCGGAAGCACUUCGAAAGAGAAACGAGUUUGGGAACAUUUGGUUUUCGGGACAGUUUCGACCAGGGUAUACACAGGAAGCAGUGGCCGAUUUAUCGUCAGUGAUUGAAACACUUAAAUAUAGGACGACAGUGUUUUGGGAAGAUUAUUGGAGAAAAGGAGAUGGAAAGUAUUGGAGCAGCAAGUUAUCCAGACAUCAUGAGCUUCCACGGGUGGGAACUAGAGAACAGAUUCCAAUGUUG